CCCCGCCCCGGCUUGCCCUGCCUCCCCGGAGCCUUCCCGGCCCGCGCGCGCGGCCAGCUCAGACCUCCCGGCUAGACUGGCGGCGCGGGCGACGGUAAAAUGUCGGCUCCAGGACCUUACCAAGCAGCUGCAGGCCCUUCUGCAAUGCCCACAGCACCCCCAACCUAUGAAGAGACAGUGGGUGUCAACAGUGGCUACCCAGUGCCCUCAGCACCUAUGCCAGGGCCAGGCACAGGCCUCAUCACAGGCCCCGAUGGGAAAGGCAUGACUCCGCCUUCGUACUACACCCAACCUGCGCCUGUUCCCAACGCCAAUGCAAUUGCCGUGCAGACCGUGUAUGUGCAGCAGCCUGUCUCCUUUUACGACCGCCCUGUCCAGAUGUGCUGUCCAUCCUGCAGCAAGAUGAUCGUGACCCAGCUGUCCUACAAUGCGGGCGCCCUCACCUGGCUCUCCUGCGGCAGUCUGUGUCUGCUGGGAUGCAUCGCUGGCUGCUGCUUCAUCCCAUUCUGCGUAGAUGCCCUGCAGGACGUGGACCAUUACUGCCCCAACUGCAAAGCGCUUCUGGGCACCUACAAGCGCCUGUAGGACUCGGCUGGCCAGCCAUAAGGAAGAUGGUAGACAAUGUGCUACCGGAAGUCACCUGACCCUUGCCCAGCACACCCAG